AUGGUGCCGGGGAUCAGCGCCCCAGCUGCCGGGGAUCAGCGCCCCAGCUGCCGGGGAUCAGCGCCCCAGCUGCCGGGGAUCAGCGCCCCAGCUGCCGGGGAUCAGCGCCCCAGCUGCCGGGGAUCAGCGCCCCAGCUGCCGGGGAUCAGCGCCCCAGCUGCCGGGGAUCAGCGCCCCAGCUGCCGGGGAUCAGCGCCCCAGCUGCCGGGGAUCAGCGCCCCAGCUGCCGGGGAUCAGCGCCCCAGCUGCCGGGGAUCAGCGCCCCAGCUGCCGGGGAUCAGCGCCCCAGCUGCCGGGGAUCAGCGCCCCAGCUGCCGGGGAUCAGCGCCCCAGCUGUCGGGGAUCAGCGCCCCAGCUGCCGGGUAUCAGCGCCCCAGCUGCCGGGGAUCAGCGCCCCAGCUGCCGGGGAUCAGCGCCCCAGCUGCCGGGGAUCAGCGCCCCAGCUGCCGGGGAUCAGCGCCGCAGCUGCCGGGGAUCAGCGCCCCAGCUGCCGGGGAUCAGCGCCCCAGCUGCCGGGGAUCAGCGCCCCAGCUGCCGGGGAUCAGCGCCCCAGCUGCCGGGGAUCAGCGCCCCAGCUGCCGGGGAUCAGGGCCCCAGCUGCCGGGGAUCAGGGCCCCAGCUGCCGGGACUCACCAGGCCUACUGA